AUGUCGUACAACAACUACGACAACGGGGGCAGCUAUCAGAAUCGGAGCUACGGAGGUGAUGGCGGAGGCCGCGGAGGCGGAUACCACCAGCGCAUCAACGAGGAGGAUGUGCCCGAAUCGAAGCAUACCGUCUUCAUUCGUGGUCUGCCUGGCAGUGUUAGCACGGAGGAGAUUCGAGAUUUUUUCAACGACAAAAUUGGCCCAUGCUCAUUCGAUUUCACGAAAAUCUCGCCGGAUCGCAGCCGACUGUUUGUGGCGGUUCGCUUUGAAUCGCGGGAGCAUGCCAGGGAGUGUAUGGAUGAAUACAAAGACCGGGACCUUCUUGGAUACCCCUGUGAGAUGACAUGGUUUCGCGACAUCCGCCGCUACGCCUCCUACCAGGCAGCCCAACAAGCCGCUCUUCGAAGCCGUGGUCGUGCUCGUUAUAGUGGCGGGAUGAAUCGCGGCUAUGAUAGGCGCGAUGAGCGUAAACGCCGACGCUCACGCUCAGACGAAUCCUCGCGCUCCCGCUCCCGCUCCAGGAGCCGCUCGAGGAGGUCGAGGUCGAGGAGCCGCGGCGGAUACCGCAGAAAUCGCUCACCGGAAGAGGAUUCGGAGGACGAGCGGCGUCGCAAGAAGAAGGAGGAGAAGCGCGCUCGCAAGGCGGCCAAGAAGGAGAAACGUCGCAAGCGUAGCGUCAGCGGUUCCCCAGUUUCCGAAGACGGCUCGGAUCGUGAGCGUUCGAGGAGGGAGAAGAGCCACUCGCGGGUCUCGUCCAAGGAGCCGACGAGGGAACGUUCGGAAUCACCGCUUCGCGUCGGCGACCCGAAGAUUGGUGGCAACGACAAAGACAUCAAAAUUUCGAUCACCAUGCCGCCGCUGCCGAAUAUCGAACUGCCGCCCCCGGUGCAAUCCGAGACGGCCAAGCAACUCCAGAAUACGAAGAUCCAAUUCGGGCUGGAAGGGGACUCGAAGCCGAUUGUCAAGAACGACUUGCUGAAAAAGGACCCGGCGCCGCCGCCCGCCGAAGAACCCAUGGACAUUGAAAAAGAACCCACCCCUCCACCAACGCCAGUCUCGACCCCGGUGUUCACCCCGGUGUCGACUCCGGUGCCCAAGCCUGCCCCUGUCGAACGUGUCGCCCCCACACCGCCAGCAGUCGUGGCCCCAACGCCAACACCGCCUAAGCCAGUGUUCCAUUCCCGGCCGGCUCCGCUACAUUCGCACGUGCCGAUGCCGCCGAAGCCAGCGCCAAUCCCACCUCCACCCCCGCAGAUGCAGCACAUGACCCCGCCGAUGCCGCGGUUUAAGCCUAUCGAGCCGGAACCGUCACCACAGCCGGUAGCCCCAACACCUCCAGCCGUGGCCGUCGCUCCUAGAAACGAGGCACCCCCUCCGGCUCCUUGUGCCGUAUCGGCCGCCUCGAUUCAGCUGCCACCUCUCCCUCCGGCUCAGCCUCCCGCGCCUGUCCCCGCGCCCCCACCGAAAGUACACCGUCAACACGCGGCUGCGAUGAAUGGAGAGAACACCAUC